AUGGCUGAAGACCUUAGCAAGCUGCUGAUUCAGCAAGCUAAUACUAUCGCCUUGAUCGCUCGAGUGAUAGUAAACUUCAAGAAGAUGGCCAAAACAGCGGAUCCGGAACAACAGAACAGUCUGGACUACUUCAAAGGAGAGGACUUUUUGACCGCCGAGGCGUCGUACGAGGAAGUCGCCGAUCUGCUAAAUGAAGCCAUCGCCAGGUUUGACUGCUCUGAUCGCGAUAUGUCAGAUCGCAGUAAUUUCUCGCUAAAUCGGGAGUUCCCUGUCGGUCAGAGUUUGCAAUUACCGCGUAUUUUCCUUCCGAAGUUUUCCGGCGAACUCACGCAAUGGGAAAAUUUCCGCGGACUUUUUGAAUCGUUAGUGCACAAUAACGAAGCCCUCACAAACACUCAAAAGCUGCAUUACCUAAAGGCGAGCGUGACCGGAGAUGCCGCGUUGCUUAUUAAUAAUAUUCACAUCUCCGACGAGAACUAUGUUGCGGCGUGGAAUCUCUUAAUUGACGAGUUCGAUGAUGAAGGCGCGAUCGUGCAUGCACAUAUCCAUGCGUUCGCCAGUCUCUCCAUUAUGAAGGCCGAAUCCGCGAAAGAAUUGAAGUGUCUCCGUGACACGGUGUCCGCGUCGCUGUCUGCGUUAGCCAAUCUCAAGUUACCAGUCGACUCGUGGAACGAUUGGCUGGUUUAUUGUAUUCUCCAGAAAUUUUGUAAGCGUACACGUACCGAAUGGAAUUUGUAUCGCGAUGGCUCCAAAUCGCGCGCGACUUAUAAAGAAAUCCACGACUUUAUGACAAUCCGAUGUCGCGGUUUGUCGGGCCCGUCGGCCCCGAAGGCUAGUGCGGGCAGCACCUCCGGUGAUUCUCAGAAAGACCGUUUUCUUGUGAAUCACGUUUCGGCCGUCAAGUGUGUCGCGUGCUCUGAAGCUCAUCUAUUAGCUAACUGCGAUCGUUUCAAGGCAAAAUCGCUAGGCCAACGCAUUGCCCUUGUAAAACAAUUUAAAUACUGUUUUAAUUGCUUGCGCCCCGGUCAUACUACGAUUGGCUGUAAAAAUAAAGGCCAAUGCAGUCAGUGCAAACGCACGCACCAUACACUGUUGCAUCGGGAGAAAGAGGCGGCAGCGGCGGAUCAACGCGAGAAAAACGGUGCAGAUUGUGAGUCUCUCAAUGAUGAAGUGUCUCGAGCGACGGCGUUCACCGCGAACCCACCAAGCUCCACUGCCUCGGUGCAGACGAUAUCCUCCGAGAAGUACGGGCCUCCUGAGGUCCUUUUAGCUAUCGCGUGGGUUAGACUUCGUACGGCACACAGCUCCAGAAGCAGUGCCAUCGAAUCGUGGCCACAUUUAUGCAAUUUACCCCUCGCGGAUCCUGAUCCGUUGAGUAAGAUGCCGAUUCACGUUCUGCUCGGCGCAGACGUGUACGGAUCUCUUUUAUUGAACGAUCUUCGUAAAGGUCCUCCAAAUUCUCCGACGGCACAGCUUACUGUUCUCGGUUGGGUCCUGUCCGGGCCGACAGUGCCGAAGCCUAACGAUUCCAAUUCUGCUACUGCAUUGAAUUGUGUUGCGUCCCCGUCCGUUGACGAUUUUCUCCGUAAAUUUUGGGAGAUAGAAGAAAUUCCUGUUAAACCUUCACUCUCCGAAGACGAUGAGAGGUGUGAAAAAUUCUUUCGCGAAACCCAUUCGCGCGAUUCCGACGGGAGAUACGUAGUGCGACUCCCUUUCAAACACGAUCCUGUGAGACAUCUGGACGAUUCUCGUGAGACCGCUCUCCGCUGUUAUCUUCGCCUCGAGCAACGCCUUGCAAAACAGCCUGAGAUAGCUUCUCAAUAUCAGGCUUUUUUGGCUGAAUAUCUGUCCUUGGGGCACAUGGAGGAAGUUGAUGAGUCCGUUCCCGCGCCGGCUGCUUUCUAUAUUCCGCAUCACCCGGUUUUUCGGGCAUCGAGUAGCACCACCAAACUGCGCGUUGUGUUUAACGCCUCCGCGACGAGCACCGGUACGAGUCUGAACGACUUACUGAUGGUUGGCCCUAAGCUACUGCGGGAUUUAGCAUCCAUUAUACUGCAUUGGCGACAGUUUUGUCAUGUUGGUUCGGCCGAUAUUGCCAAAAUGUUCCGGCAGAUCCUUAUCCAUACCGCUGACGCGGACUUUCAGCGAAUCUGGUGGCGGGCCGCGCCGGACCAGCUCGUCCGCUUAUUCCGCCUGCUCACCGUCACCUACGGACUAACUUCUUCGCCGUUUAAUGCCAACCGAUCUGUGGAGCAACUCGUCCUCGAUGAAGGAGAUGCAUUCCCUCUGGCUCGCGACAUUUUAGAGCUGGAGCUCCGCUCUGCGGAGUUUUUGAAGGACAUUCCCGAGUGUGAUCGAGAAUCCAACCCCGAGCAUCCGCUCGGCGAGGACGACAGCCUAAAAGUGCUCGGAGCGGCGUGGAUUCCCGCCUCUGAUUCCUUCGUGUUCCGCGUCGAUUCUUGUACGUCUCAGACGUGCUCUAAACGUUCCAUCCUAUCUCUUGUGUCUAAAUUAUUCAAUCCACUAGGAUGGGCCUCGCCCGUCGUUAUUGUCGGGAAAAUUAUCAUACAGGAAUUAUGGCUUUCGAAAGCGGACUGGGACGACGAAGUUCCAGCAGAUAUUCGAGACCGAUGGCUCAAAUAUUGUCGUGAGCUUCCGCGGCUGGGAGAGCUGCGAAUUCCCCGCUGGUCUGGAGUGCAUCGUGAAAAUCUCGGCGUCGAGCUGCACGGGUUUGCUGAUGCGUCCAGUCGUGCCUAUUCCGCCGUUGUUUUCUUGAGAGUUCUUCAUUCCUUUCAAGAUAUUCAGGUAACACUGGUUGCCGCAAAAACUAAAGUAGCUCCGCUGAAGACGGUAAGCGUGCCUCGGCUCGAACUGAACGCCGUAGUAUUGUUAGUUCGGUUAUUAGAAUGGACUCAUGAUGCUUUAGAAAUCCAAUCAUCUCCAAUCUUUGGAUGGACUGAUUCCUCAGUGGUACUUGCGUGGUUGAAGCGACAUCCGUCGACUUGGACGACUUAUGUUGCUAAUCGUGUUUCCGAAGUCCAAACCCGCCUUCCUACCGUUAAAUGGAAUCACGUCCGAUCCACCGAGAACCCCGCGGACUAUGCUUCGCGGGGUAUAUCCGCUUCUGAACUGGUGCAUCACCCGUUGUGGUGGUCCGGUCCGGCCUGGCUUUCUCGUCCCUCACCGGCUUGGCCGGAAAAAGGGGAUGUCUCACCUGAGGCGCCCGGCUCGCGAGACACCGCGCUCUCAGAAGCGCGUGAAGUUCGAAGCCUACAUAUACUGGUCGCAUCUGAAUGGGACUUGCAGUAUCAAUACUCUAGUUGGACGCGUUUAUUACGGGUUACCGCGUUUGUUCGCCGAUUUAUUAAUCGAGCCCGCUGUAGUUCACAGAAUCGGCCUCCCGCUCACAAAUCGCUGGCUCCCACGGAGCUCGCAGAAGCUGAGCUUUUCUGGUGUCGUUACGCGCAGCAACGUGCAUUUUCUGCCGAAAUUCAAGCUCUCAAAAACCACCUUCCCAUACCGAAGUCGAGUCCUUUUCUCGCUCUUCAGUCCUUCCUGGGGGAAGAUGCAUUGGUCCGCCUUGGCGGGCGGCUAGAUAAUUCUGCCUUAAGUUAUGCGGAAAAACAUCCGAUUAUAAUGCCUAAGCAUCGGAUCUCGAAGCUCUUGAUCGCGUACACGCACGAAAAGUCUCUUCAUGGAGGGGUUCAAUUGACAUUGCGUACGUUGCGCCAACGAUUUUGGGUCUUAGCCGCGCGAUCGGCGGUGAGAUCGCACGUUCACAAGUGCAUUCCGUGCGCGCGAUAUCGAGUUAAUCCUGCUUCGACCAUAAUGGGCAACCUUCCGGCGCCUCAUGUUCAACCCUCUGCUCCGUCCACUCACGUGGGCGUCGACUACGCGGGGCCGUUUUUACUUAUUCCGUUUGUCGGUCGUGGACAAAAAACCAGGAAAUAUUAUAUUGCUAUUUUUAUUUGCCUCGCCUCCAAGGCCGUGCAUCUUGAGCUGGUGGACGAUUAUUCGACAAACAGUUUCUUAGCCGCGUUCAAACGAUUUGUCAGUCGCAGCGGGCUUCUCUCGCAUGUCUAUUCGGACAACGGUACCAAUUUACAGGGAGCCGAUAGAGAGCUGCAUCAAGUUUUUUCGUCGCUGAUGCAAGACGACGCAGUGAAAAACUAUUUCACGAACGAUCGAGUGGAAUGGCACUUAAUUUCUCCCUCAGCUUCUCACUUCGGGGGGCUGUGGGAGGCCGGAGUGAAAAAUAUUAAGCAUCAUUUGAACCGAGUGGUUCAGGCACACACUCUGUCGCAAACGGAGUUUACCACUCUCCUUUGCCAGAUCGAGGCGUGCUUGAACUCCUGGCCAAUCUCUGCACUCUCUGAUGACCCCUCGGACCUUUCCGCGCUGACACCGGGGCACUUCCUCAUAGGCAGACCGUUGAUUUCCGUCUCCGAAGAAUCAACCCUCGAGAUUAACCAGAACCGACUGGAUCGCUGGCAGGUGAUAUGCGCCGCGCGAGAGCAGAUCUGGCGGUCGUGGUCGGCGGACUAUUUACACACGCUCCAACAGCGUAUUAAGUGGCGCCAAGAGCAACCUAACGUUCAGCUGAACGCACUAGUAUUGUUAAAAAAUGACAACCUUCCUCCCGGGAAGUGGCAACUCACUCGGAUUGUCCAGAUCCAUCUGGGAACCGAUAAUCGCGUUCGGGUCGUCACUAUCCGAACCGCCGAUAGCACACUAAAACGACCGAUCACCCAAAUUUGCCCUCUACCAAUUCCAGUGGAGGACGCUGCCUCUGCCAACGAAAAGGCUUGA